AUGAGGCAAGUGCCUAUGUUGUGUAAUGACUACGUAACCUCAUAGGAAAUCCGCCACCACCUCCACCUCCCUUCCAUCCUCGACAAGAUGCCUGCCCCCGGCGCCCUCAUCCUCCUCGCGGCCGUCUCCACCUCCGGCUGCCUGGCGUCCCCGGCCCACCCAGAUGGAUUCGCCCUGGGCCGGGCCCCUCUGGCUCCUCCCUAUGCCGUGGUCCUCAUUUCCUGCUCUGGCCUGCUGGCCUUCAUCUUCCUCCUCCUCACCUGUCUGUGCUGCAAACGGGGCGAUGUCGGCUUCAAGGAGUUUGAGAACCCAGAAGGGGAGGAUUGCUCCGGGGAGUACACUCCCCCCGCCGAAGAGACCUCCUCUUCACAGUCGCUGCCUGAUGUCUACAUUCUCCCUCUGGCCGAAGUCUCCCUGCCGAUGCCUGCCCCGCAGCCAUCACACUCAGACAUGACCACCCCCCUGGGCCUUAGCCGCCAGCACCUCAGCUACCUGCAGGAGAUUGGGAGUGGCUGGUUCGGGAAGGUGAUCCUGGGAGAGAUUUUCUCGGACUACACCCCGGCCCAGGUGGUGGUAAAGGAGCUCCGAGCCAGCGCAGGGCCCCUGGAGCAGCGCAAGUUCAUCUCAGAAGCACAGCCGUACAGGAGCCUGCAGCACCCCAACGUCCUCCAGUGCCUGGGCGUCUGCGGGGACCUGAAGCGUUACCUUCGGGCCCAGCGGCCCCCCGAGGGCCUGUCCCCUGAGCUGCCCCCUCGAGACCUGCGGACACUGCAGAGAAUGGGCCUGGAGAUCGCCCGCGGGCUGGCACAUCUCCACUCCCACAACUAUGUGCACAGCGACCUGGCCCUGCGCAACUGCCUGCUGACCUCCGACCUCACUGUGCGCAUCGGAGACUACGGGCUGGCGCACAGCAACUACAAGGAGGACUACUACCUGACCCCCGAGCGCCUGUGGAUCCCGCUGCGCUGGGCAGCGCCCGAGCUCCUCGGGGAGCUGCACGGGACCUUCAUGGUGGUGGACCAGAGCCGCGAGAGCAACAUCUGGUCCCUAGGGGUGACCCUAUGGGAGCUGUUUGAGUUUGGGGCACAGCCCUACCGCCACCUAUCAGACGAGGAGGUCCUCGCCUUCGUCGUCCGUCAGCAGCACGUCAAGCUGGCCAGGCCGAGGCUCAAGCUGCCCUACGGGGACUACUGGUACGACAUCCUGCAGUCCUGCUGGCGGCCGCCUGCCCAGCGGCCCUCGGCCUCUGAUCUGCAACUGCAGCUCACCUACCUGCUCUCCGAGCGGCCCCCAAGGCCGCCGCCGCCGCCGCCGCCCCCCCGAGAUGGUCCCUUCCCCUGGCCCUGGCCCCCGCAGCACAGCGUGCCCCGCCCGGGGACCCUGUCCUCUCCGUUCCCCCUUCUGGAUGGCUUCCCUGGGGCUGACCCGGACGACGUGCUCACGGUCACCGAGAGUAGCCGUGGCCUCAACCUUGAGUGCCUGUGGGAGAAGGCGCGGCGGGGGGCCGGUCGGGGCGGGGGGGCACCCACCUGGCAGCCGGCGUCCGCACCCCCGGCCCCCCACGCCAACCCCUCCAACCCCUUCUACGAGGCGCUGUCCACGCCCAGCGUGCUGCCGGUCAUCAGCGCCCGCAGCCCCUCCGUGAGCAGCGAAUACUACAUCCGCCUCGAGGAGCAUGGCUCCCCGCCAGAGCCCCUCUUCCCCAAUGACUGGGACCCCCUGGACCCAGGAGUGCCUGCCCCCCAGGCCCCCCAGGCCCCCCCCGAGGUCCCCCAGCUGGUGUCCGAGACCUGGGCCUCCCCCCUCUUCCCGGCGGCCCGGCCCUUCCCGGCCCAGUCCUCAUCCUCCGGCAGCUUCCUCCUGAGCGGCUGGGACCCCGAGGGCCGGGGCGCCGGGGAGACCCUGGCAGGAGACCCCGCCGAGGUGCUGGGGGAGCGGGGGACCACCCCGUGGGCCGAAGAGGAGGAGGAGGAGGAGGAAGGCAGCUCCCCGGGGGAAGACAGCAGCAGCCUUGGGGGGGGCCCCAGCCGCCGGGGCCCCCUACCCUGUCCCCUGUGCAGCCGCGAGGGGGCCUGCUCCUGCCUGCCCCUGGAGCGGGGGGACGCCGUCGCCGGCUGGGGCGGCCACCCUGCUCUUGGCUGCCCCCAUCCCCCCGAGGACGACUCGUCCCUGCGGGCGGAGCGGGGCUCCCUGGCCGAGUUUCUGGACCCCCGCAUGGGGGCGGCGGCGCCCCAGUCCCCCGGGCGGGGGCCACCUCCCGCUCCCCCCCCGCCGCCGCCACCUCCUCGGGCCCCCGCGGACCCGGCCGUGUCCCCCGACCCCCCCUCGGCCGUGGCCAGUCCCGGCUCAGGCCUGUCGUCUCCGGGCCCCAAACCGGGCGACAGCGGCUACGAGACCGAGACCCCUUUUUCCCCCGAGGGAGCCUUCCCCGGUGGGGGGGCAGCAGAGGAGGAAGGGGUCCCUCGACCACGGGCUCCCCCCGAGCCCCCCGACCCGGGAGCGCCCCGGCCACCCCCAGACCCGGGUCCCCUCCCGCUCCCGGGGGCCCGGGAGAAGCCGACCUUCGUAGUUCAAGUGAGCACCGAGCAGUUGCUGAUGUCCCUGCGGGAGGACGUGACAAGGAAGCUCCUGGGGGAGAAGGGGGCAGCCGCCCGCGAGACAGGGCCCAGGAGGGCGGCGAGAGGCCCCGGGAACCGAGAGAAAGCCCCGGGCCCAAGCAGGGGCCCCACAGUCCUGGACAGCGGGAAGCAAGCCCCAAGCCCGCACGAGGGCCCGAGCCUCCCCAUGAACGGGGUGACAGCGCUGGAGAACGGGGAACAGAGAGCCCUGGGCGUCGAAGAGAAGGUGGCGGAGAACGGGAGCCCGGGGUCCCCAGAGAGAGAAGAGCAAGUGCUGGCGAAUGGGGAGCUGCCACCCCCAAGGAGGGAGGAGAAAGUGCUGGAGAAUGGGGGCCUGGGGUCCCCGGCGAGAGAAGAGCAAGUGCUGGUGAAUGGGGGACUGACACCCCCAAAGAUCGAGGAGGUGUCAGAGAAUGGGGGCCUGAGACUCCCCAGGAACCCGGAGAGGCUGCCAGAGACUGGGCCUUGGAGAGCCCCAGGGCCCUGGGAGAAGAUGCCCGAGAGUGGGGCUCCAGCCCCCAUGAACGGGGAGCCAGCCCCAGAGACCUCGCUGGAGAGAGCCCUGGCACCUGGCGCAGUGGUCUUGGCCCUGAACGGCGGGGAGACAGUCCCUGGCCCCACUGGCCCAGCCCCCAGGAGCGGGGUGCUGGAACCCGGGACCGAGAGGAGAGCCCCCGAGACUGGGGGGGCACCGAGAGCCCCCGGGGCUGGGAGGCUGGACCUCGGGAGUGGGGUCCGAGCCCCAGUGGGCAUGGGGAUGGCCCCCGGCGGCGGCCUCGGAAGCGGCGUGGACGCAAAGGCCGGAUGGGUCGACAGCACGAGGCCACAGCCGCCUCCACCGCCACUGGAAACACAGCCGACGAGGCCGGAGCCAGCGCCCCAGAGAGCCAGGCCGGAGGCAGCCUCCGAGGGAGAGCCCGGGGUCCCAGACAGCAGAGCCGGCGGAGACACAGCACCCAACGAAGACGGGGACCCCCCCAAGCCCGAGAGGAAGGGCCCCGAGAUGCCACGCCUGUUCUUGGACUUGGGACCCCCUCAGGGGAACAGCGAGCAGAUCAAAGCCAAGCUCUCGCGGCUCUCGCUGGCGCUGCCGCCGCUCACGCUCACGCCGUUCCCGGGGCCGGGCCCGCGGCGACCCCCGUGGGAGGGCGUGGACGCCGGGGCGGCUGGCGGGGAGGCCGGCGGGGCGGGGGCGUCGGGGCCGUCGGAGGAGGACGGGGAGGACGAGGACGAGGACGAGGAGGAGGACGAGGAGGCGGCAGCGGCGGGCGGGCGGCGGGGCCCCGGGAGAGCGCGGGCAGCCCCGGUGCCCGUCGUGGUGAGCAGCGCCGACACGGACGCGGCCCGCCCGUUGCGGGGGCUGCUCAAGUCUCCACGCGGGGCCGACGAACCCGAGGACAGCGAGCUGGAGAGGAAGCGCAAGAUGGUCUCCUUCCACGGGGACGUGACCGUCUACCUCUUCGACCAGGAGACGCCAACCAACGAGCUGAGUGUCCAGGGCCCCCCCGAGGGGGACACGGACCCGUCAACGCCCCCAGCGCCCCCGACGCUUCCCCACUCCGCCACCCCCGGAGAUGGGUUUCCCAGCAGCGACAGCGGCUUUGGAGGCAGUUUCGAGUGGGCGGAGGAUUUCCCCCUCCUCCCCCCUCCAGGCCCCCCCCUGUGCUUCUCCCGCUUCUCCGUCUCGCCUGCGCUGGAGACCCCGGGGCCCCCCGCCCGGGCCCCCGACGCCCGGCCCGCAGGGCUUGAGGAUUUCACCCCCAAAUGUCACUUCCUCCCAGAGGUCUUCUCAGAGGCCCCCCAAGAGGACAGGGUGAGGCCCCGUGGAGAACUGACUCCCCGAAGACUUGACCCCCCUGCACCCCCAGAAGAGGGGUUGAGAGCAGAAUCCUCUGUGGACGAUGGAGCCACUGCCACCACCACAGACGCCGCCUCCGGGGAGGCCCCCGAGACCGGGCCCUCCCCCUCCCCCACCAUGUGCCAAACAGGAGGCCCUGGCCCUCCGCCCCCCAGCCCCCCGGACGGCUCCCCUGAGCCCCUUGAUCCCCUCGGUGCCAAAUGA